GUCGGGGCCUAGGUCCCGCCCCUCCGACGCGCAGGCCCCGCCUCCACCCUCCCCCUCCAUGGCGCCGCCCGGGCUCAUUCAUUCCGCGCCAGGCCUGCCAGACACCUGCUUUCUCUUUCAGUCGUUCGCCGACGCCGCCAGCAUGUCGGGCCCCGCCGCGGAGACCCCGUCCGCCAUCCAGAUCUGCCGACUCUCAUACGGAUGGACUCAUACGCUUAGCGCUGUGCUUGUGAGCACCACUGCUGUGCCUGCAGGGCUCGCUGCUGUUGCAUCCAUUACCUGCAAUAUGUUUCUCUCUUCACCUGUCAGCGAACAUCCGGGGUCUUUCCGGCUCUUGGCGAUUUGUGAAUACAGUUCACAAAUGCAGAUUUCAAAACUUCCAGGACACCAUCGAGGAAACUUGAACACACUUCCUGGGAUCAUGAGGCCGGAUGAUGCCAAUGUGGCUGGCAAUGUCCACGGUGGAACCAUCCUGAAGAUGAUCGAGGAGGCAGGGGCCAUCAUCAGCACCCGGCACUGUAACAGCCAGAAUGGGGAGCGCUGCGUGGCCGCCCUGGCCCGGGUCGAGCGCACCGACUUCCUGUCGCCCAUGUGCAUCGGGGAGGUGGCGCACGUCAGCGCGGAGAUCACCUAUACCUCCAAGCACUCCGUGGAAGUCCAGGUCAACGUGAUGUCUGAAAACAUCCUCACAGGAACUAAAAAGCUGACCAACAAGGCCACCCUGUGGUACGUGCCCCUGUCACUGAAGAACGUGGACAAGGUCCUGGAGGUGCCUCCAGUCGUGUAUUCCCGACAGGAGCAGGAGGAGGAGGGCCGGAAGCGGUACGAGGCCCAGAAGCUGGAGCGCAUGGAGACCAAGUGGAGAAACGGAGACAUCGUGCAGCCCGUCCCGAACCCAGAGCCGAACACGGUCAGCUACAGCCAGUCCAGCUUGAUCCACCUGGUGGGGCCUUCCGACUGCACCCUGCACGGCUUCGUGCACGGAGGUGUCACCAUGAAGCUCAUGGACGAGGUGGCUGGGAUCGUGGCCGCACGUCACUGCAAGACCAACAUAGUCACCGCUUCUGUGGACGCCAUUAACUUCCAUGACAAGAUCAGAAAAGGGUGCGUCAUCACCAUCUCCGGGCGCAUGACCUUCACGAGCAACAAGUCCAUGGAAAUCGAGGUGUUGGUGGACGCCGACCCCGUGGUGGACAACUCGCAGAAGCGCUACCGGGCAGCCAGCGCCUUCUUCACCUACGUGUCCCUGAGCCAGGAGGGCAAGUCGCUGCCCGUGCCCCAGCUCGUGCCCGAGACCGAGGACGAGAAGAAGCGCUUUGAGGAAGGCAAAGGGCGGUACCUGCAGAUGAAGGCAAAACGGCAGGGCCAGGCGGAGCCCCAGCCCUAGGCGCCCCUUCCCGCGCCAGGUCUGCGGUGGCCCCGGUGUCUGGUCACUUAGAAUUUACCCCCUUGGCCAAAAACCCAAUUCACAUUGAGAGCUGGUGUUGUGUGAAGUGUUCGUCUUGCAGUGUUAACCUGUGCUCUCCUGAAAACCUACACACCAAAGCUUUAUUUAUACCACUCCAGUGUCGUCCCUCCCGCUGGAGGCACUCCCGAGGGAAUGCUCGCGUGCACGGUGUGUACAGAAUCCAGCGUCACUAAUAAAGCUGCUGUUUGACUGGA